AACGUUCAGUUACUGAUUGCUCGCUACGAGGAGCGCGUGUCGAACGAAACUCGGCGCCGGCAAGCGCAACCACAUACGAUAAAUCGAUUUUAAUCACUCAAACAAUCGGACUUUGAAGGAGUUUGAUGAACUAGUGAUACAGUUUUGCGGUGCUUGUGACGUCACCUUGGAUGACCGUGGAAUCGCGGCUGAAAUACCUGUACAGAUAAAACACCGACAUCGCAUCUGAGAAGUCAUUUAAAUAAGAUCAGAGAGCCAUGCUGACGCGGUGGGUGUUCCUGGCGCUGGCGGUGUCGAGCUGGCGCUCCGCUGACGGCUGCACUUGCAUGCUAGAGCACCCUCAAACACACUUCUGUAAUAGUGACUUCGUGAUCGUCGGCAGGGUACAAAAGAUGUUCAAAGGCAAUUCGUUUUACGACACGUACAAAAUGAAGAUUCGAAACGUGUUCAAAGCGACACAGAAGGCGCAAGUAGCGCUGAAGUCCGGUCGAAUACUAACGCCUACGCAAGACGGGCUCUGUGGGGUAACGCUGAAGCCUAGAGAAACCUAUGUAAUAACAGGUCACGUGACCCAUCUCCAGGCGCACGUCAACCUGUGCGAGUACGUGAACAAGUGGCGCGAGGUGACCCCGCGGCAGCGGAAAGGAUUCCGCCAGCUCUACAAGCAGGGGUGCACGUGCAAGGUGAAGACAAACGGCAGGGGAUGGCGCUCAGGCUCUCCCAACACUUGCUUUAUGCGAAACGACGAGUGCUACGAACGACACGGCAUCUGUCUCCACAACCGCCAGCAGCAGUGCCAUUGGACCAGGGCCCCGGCUCUCACGAGAUGCCUCCAGAAGCAACAUUUUAACGGCACCAUGACUUGAUUCGGACUUUAUGUUAGUAAUGUUAGCGCCUACCGUUAUAACAAGUCAUGGAAAACAAA